AUGGCCACAGCUCAUUUCAACUCAAUUUCCCUCAGUCUUGCUCGAUGGAUCAAUGAUAUCAAGGCCUUUAUUUCCUGUGGGACUUGGCAGGGAUCUGGGUUCAAUCAUUCGGAGGACACUGUUUUGCUCUGCUCUCGUUUGAUUAGCCAUGAGGUAGGCGUGUCUUUCAUGAUGAUGGUGAGCAAGAUUAAUCUUGCUGUGAAGACUCACAGCCUGCUAAGUGCUGCAGGUCCUUACCAAAUCCUCAAGGGCCUUUAUGAUGGCAAGGUAAAGGGCCUUGCUGGAUGUCCCACUGAGCAUGCAUUCUACCAGUGGGUCUCAACCGGCUGGAAGUACAUGCAAAUCACUGCCGGUGGGUCAAUCUACUCUCUUGUCCUCAUUGCUGGCCUUGACAUGCGUUGGACGUUGAGUAGGGUAGGCUCUAGGGUGCCAUGGGAGGUUGCAAAGGUGCUGAGGGACCCUGGAACAGAUGGUGUUGGUGCUCUUGUCCAUGCCCAAAUCAUCCCCACCAUUGUGCGCCUAGGCCAGUCCCUCGCACUUACCUUCCCGGGUCUUUUCCUCAAGAAAAUCUUUGAUUGUAUGUCUCUCAAAGACGCGGACAGGCUGUUCAAUUCUGUUGAACUAAAGAUCAAGACAAAGUUUCAGUGCCUUGCAGAAUGCAACAUUACAUAUCCAGCCAGCCACAACAGCUCAGAAAACAAUUGGUGGACAAUAUCUGAGCGUGUCUUAGCAUGCAAUGCCCCUGCCAUCACAGAUAUGCAAGAUUUGUCUGCCAAGCUAUCUACAUUUUAUCCUAAUGGAUGCAAAAGGGAUGGAGUUUAUAUACGCAUUCCCAUGUCAUCUAUUCCUCCAGCAAUCGAUAUGCAAAAUGACGACGACACAUUGAUGGUGUUCAUAUGCCAUUCAAUGCCUAGGCAUAUGAAGACAACUCUAGUGGCCCACCUCAAGGCUAGCUUUGAUGGGUUGCCAGUAUUCUCCAGCGCUCUGGGUAAUGAUGAACCUUUCAAAUGUCUCCACUUCUCCUGGUGGAACAGAUAUGGGACUCAGACAUUGAUCAAGGGUUAUGGGGCACCUAUUGAUGUGCACCCACAUGAAUUAGGCGUCACUAACAAAACCCAGAUGAUCCCUUAUUUGUCAAAGGAGGGCUCAGACAAUGAGCAGCUUUAUUUGAACUUGCAGGAUGCUUUUGCAGAUGUUUUCCAAUGGAUUUCUGACGUUAUGGAAUUCUGCCUACCAGAAGAAUACUCUAUGCUAGCCAAGAUAGUUGAUACCCUCCCUGGAAAACCAGGAUCUCCAGUCACUCCUUUUUUAUCCUUGUUGUUAAUAUUAAUGGAUGGUAAGGAUCACAUCCUUUGCCUUGUUCUUCCACUGGGAGAUUUUACAGAGGGUGCUCUUGUGUUACAUGAGCAGGGACUUGUUCUUGAGCUGAAGAGUGGGGAUUUUGCCAUUUUCAGAUCUAAGGAGUCAACACACUUUAAUUUAGAUUAUCAGGGCAAGAGAGCCUUAUUUGACUUACACACAGAUGGUUUUGGAAGGGAUAGAGGGGACGCAGUGCCUAGAGUUACACGGUCCAAACAAGUUACUGCUCUCAGAACUAGGGGCAGAGGUGUAGCAAAUGAUCUAGUGACAGCAUCUUCUCCAUCACCACCUCCUUCAACUCAGCCUAGACAGCCCCAGCCACGUCAAAAUAAACAGGCUAUUUCUGCAAAACCUAAUGCCACAGCUGCCACAACACUCAGCAAAGAAGAUGAAAAUUUGCUUGGGGCUCUUCUAGCAAGAAAAAAGGUUGCAUUAGCCUCAGAAGCUGAGGCAGAGAAAUCUGCUACGCGUAAGAGAGUAGCAGCAAUGUUGGCUGAUGAAGAAGAUUCUGAAGGAGAUGACCUACAUGGCAAGAAAAUAUGUCUGGAUGGUGAUGAUAAUGACAACAAUGAUAAUGAUGACAAUGCUGAUGAUCGCAAAAUUAUGAUAGAUCAUAUUCUGGGUCCUGCAGAAAUAUCUAGUGAUGAUCAAGAUAAUUCUGUAAUACCUCCUUUACAGCCUCUAUCAGAUGAUAAUGAGGAGGAGGAGGAGGAGGAGGAGGAGGAGGAGGAGGAGGAGGAGAGUUCCCCAAAAAGAGUUGUGGAUGAUAAUGAGGUUGUAAGAGGAACAGAUUGUCCCACUGUUUCUACAUCUACAUCUACUGUGUCAUGGAGCCCCAACAUCAUUUCUCUUCCAAAAUCUUCCACUGCAAAACCAAAGCUUCAUUCUAUGGCCUGCCCUAACAACAAAUUCACAGAAAAAGGAUUUCCAAAUCCCCUCAGUCGUCAAUCAAUAUGCUGGGAUUUGUUGGUCAAAGCCACAGCAGCAGAGAAUGACAGUGGCCUAGUGGACAAAAUGAAGGAGAUACAAGAUGACCAGGUCCUCAAGUCUCAACAUAGAUUUAAAGAGAAGACGUCUGACACAAACCAACCUUGGAAGAAUGAUAUCAUCAAAAUUCUUUUUCAAGCACAAUGGUGGGGUCCUAAAGGUGAAGGUAGAAAGUAUGGUAGAAAAAAUAACCCAUAUCUACGCAAUCUUCCUACUUUGGCUCUAGUAGCAUGCUUUAUUGAAUGUGCUCUACUAGGUGCUAUUAACAACACUAUAAUAGAAUUCUCAGAGACAGCAUUUUCUGCUAGGAAUGGUUGUAUAACAGUGGGGCAAUCUGAUGUAUCUGAGCUUAUGUUUGAUUUUGAUGCUUUAGAGGAAGCAGCAAAAGCAUCCAAAUCAUAA